AAAAGUAUUGAAAUUGUAAAAAGUGUAAUUAAUCAAAGAAAAAUUAAUGUCUAAUAAGUUUUAUUAUGCAUUUUCAAACAUUUAUAUUUCAUAGUAAUGUUGCAAAAGUAUUUUGUUGUAGUGAAUACCAUUUGCCAUGCAAUUUAAACGCUGAAGAUUUUUCAAUACCUAUUUUCUUUUUAUUUUGAAUGACGUGUAAUGUUUCCAACGGCCGACGCUGAUGAUAUUUCGCAGAGCACGUUAUAUAAAAGGAACUCGAGUCCUUCUAGAAAUGAACGAGACUCUCGUAAACCCACACAAGUCGCGAAACCAAAAAAUAAUAACCGCGAGAUAACUUUCAACAUGUUGCUCAAGGAAAUGGUUUUCUGUAUCGCCCUCGCGCUCACUACUUAUGGAGCACUUCACAAUACGCCAACAAAGAUCUCAAAACACCCUCAAGCAGUGAGAUUCUUCAGUGCAGAUUCUCCAGUCACAGAUUGGUACAAGGGUCAGCUUAGCAAUGCCUUGCUCUACAUCAACAAUGCAGAUGUUGCUUUUGUAAUGUACUAUGCACCUUGGGAUGCCGAAUCACAGUAUGUUAAACAGGAAUUUGAAAAGGCUGCUACUAUUAUGGGUGAUCAAGUACAUUUUUCUGCCAUAAAUUGCUGGAAUCCAGGGAGUGAGUGCAGGUUGCAGCACAGUAAAAUACCUUCAUGGCCUAUUUUGAUGGCAUAUACAAUAAAUUCUAGAGGAGUGCUGUAUAAAGGGCCGAGGGAAGCCCAUCACAUGGUUAGAUUCUUAGAGCUGGUAAUUGAACCUGUUGAAAAAAUAUCCACUACAGAAGAACUUGUGACUGUACUGGCAAUAUGUGACGUUACGGCUGUAGCUUUUAUUCCAAUGGCGCCAACAUCAAAAUAUUACAACACCUGGUAUCAAGUAGCACUCAAGAUGAAAGAAUUCGAUUCCCAUGGUGAAUUCUGCUUUACGAUAGUGACAUCUGAAGAAUUGUCUAAGGGAAUAGGUGCGACUCAUUUUCCGAGUGUCCGUCUGAUGCUUUGGAAUGAUACAAAGGAAUACAGGAUAAGAGAAGAAUGCCAACAAGAAUGGAACGACACAAGUAUAAUAAAGUGGUUACUGGAGAACUAUGACGCUCCAGUGGGGAGGGUAGUUCCGAUGUGGAAGAAAGCAUUCAGUUUCGAAAAAUUUGUUGAUGGGAAUCCUAUUUUAAUAUUGUUUACUCCACUCAAUCCUAUAUAUGUACAAAUUCCUAAUUACCUACUGCUUCGCGAAGUUGCCAUGGAGUACUAUAUGUACUGCAGAAACAAUGGGUCAGAAAGAAUGAAAGAACAGAGUAUCCAAUGGACAAACGAGAAAAUAGGCAUUGUUAAAGUUCAGCGCUACAUUUACCUAAAUGAAGGUUACGAAAAGUUAUGCGAAGGUGCCCAGAAAACACUGAAACCACAAAAACCGAAAUAUAACAAGAAAGACGACGUUUUCAUGAAUAAUAAGUGGCGUAACACAACACAAAAACACAAGAAGGCCGCUGCAGUGAAUUCUUUAGUUAAGAAGGGCUUGAAUCCUCCCAAAAUUAUACAAGGAGCUGAAGAUGGAUCUGAGGUAUUGGCCAUAGUAGAAAUGGUACAGGAAUGUGAUACUAAAACGUUGCCCGCAGAAAAGAGUGUCUAUGAAAAUCUCGAUCAGUGUCAGUCAUACGAUGAAUCAGAAUUGGAUCCCGCUUUCUUGAAUAUGGCUACGUUCUACAGCAAAGAAACAUCAAUGCUACCCCUUGAAGAUGAUCCGUUAUCAGCUGAAGGACUAGUUCAUGACCGCCUUCGUCAUUUCUGCAAAGUCUUUAACUUCGCUAAAGAGUGGGGUCCGCCAAUAUUCCCCGCGGUCGUUAACGAAAAAAAUCUUAAACGCAUUUCAGGCUUAUCAUGCAAAAUGAACGUCACUUUGAAUAUGAUUGUAGUAGACAGUGUGGAGAAUCAUCAUUUUGCUGAAUCACUAGGAAUAGAUAUAAAGAAUAUGAAGGAUAUGACAGCUGUCGUUAUUUUAGAUACUAAGCAUGAAACGCAAUAUGUUAUGAGUGAAGAGUACAGUGCCAAAUCGAUAAGGGAUUUUAUCCGUAAUUUCCACUACAAAAAACUGAAGCGAUCUUUACGAACGCACGUGGAGGAUGCUUUGCAUACGCACUACUUUGGCUCCGACGACUCUACAGAUCAAAUGGAGAUACAUAAUAGCACGAUACAAGUCACAGAACUUACUACUAAAACAUUCAGGCAAUUUGUUACAUCUCCGGGCAAGGUGUCUAUGGUGGCAGUGUGUGGAGGGGCAUGUGGCGCGCAUACCUCGCGUUCUUUAACUGAAGCGGUUCUUCUGUUGAACUCAUGCGGCGUGCCGGCAAGAGCCGCCCGCAUAGACGCGCUUCGCCACGACUUGCCUUGGCAGUACACUGCAUCAUCAUAUCCUACUAUAUUUGUCUUCUCCACACGCAUGGAUGGCAGCGAGCCGGAUAGCCGAGUAUACCCGGCGAAUGCCCGCAUUUCGGCAAGCGGAUUGGUCGCUCUGGCGCUUCGUUCACUGGGCACACCACAACAUCUACGUGUACGACUUGCGCUUUGCUCACGGACCCAGUCUACCACUGAGAAGAAGACCUGCCUGCGUGAUUUGAAAGAGCAGAUUGACACCAUAAUCGGCCGAAAUCUUAAAUACUGGCGUCAAACUCAAGACAAAAAACUAAAGGACGCCUUCCUUACAAGACUGCAGUAUUUACACCAGGUGUAUCUCGAUAUGAGCUUGCUAGAUGUAACUGAUUUGCAUGGUAGUAGUCCAAAACAAAUUUACACGAUAAACUCCCUAAACACGCUCACUACAAACUGGGAUAUAAACGUCGGGGUCCUCAAGAAUUUAUCACGUCUACGUUAAUUAGUGUAAAUAGUGUAAAAGUGAUUUUUUAAUUAUCUAAGGAUCUGUUGUUGUACUUUUAGAUGCUAAUGUUAUUAAACUAUCAACGAUAUUGUA